AGUUAUCUCUUCACCUUAAAUCGUCUGUCUUUUGUCACAGAUAAUCUGUUGAACAUUAAGAUUAUAAAACAACUUUUAUCUGUGUAAAUUAAGUGUGACAUCUCAAGCUAAAGAUGGCUGGAUUACAAGAAGACCCCGCAGUCACCAAUUUUAGAAAAUAUUUACGAAUUAAUACUGUACAACCAAACCCAAACUAUGCUGAAGCCUCUUUGUAUUUUAAAAGUUUGGCAGCUGAACUUGAGCUUCCAUACAAGACUGUUCAGGUGGUGAGUGGUAAAGAUAUGUGUAUUAUUACCUGGACUGGACAACAACCAAACUUGUCAUCUAUACUAUUAUAUUCUCAUAUUGAUGUUGUUCCUGUCUUUCGAGAACAUUGGAGAGUUGAUCCAUUCAGUGCGGAGAAGAUAGAUGGUAAUAUUUAUGCUAGAGGAUCGCAGGAUAUGAAAUGUGUCGGCAUACAAUAUAUUGAAGCAAUCAGAAGAUUAAAGAAAGAAGGCAGAAAAUUUCAAAGAACGAUUCACAUCAUAUUUGGACCAGAUGAGGAAAUAGGAGGAAUCGCGGGAAUGGGAACAUUUUAUAAAACUGAUGAAUUUAAACAACUUAAUAUAGGAUUUGCUUUGGAUGAAGGCAUUGCUAAUCCAGAAGAGGCAUUUAGAGUGUUUUAUGGUGAAAGGAAUUGUUGGUGGUGUACAGUUGUUUGUCCAGGUGCUCCUGGUCAUGGAUCAGCUAUCCUCAAGAAUACAGCUGCUGAAAAGUUUAAUAAAGUUAUCAACAGUUUUUUGUCGUUUAGACGAGAACAAGAACAAAGAUUAGAAUCCAACCCCAACCUGACGCUUGGAGAUGUUACAUCUGUUAAUUUAACUAUGGUUCAGGGUGGUGUUCAAAUGAAUGUUAUUCCGGCAGAAUUGAAAGCCAGUUUUGAUAUACGAAUUCCACCAACUGUCAAUCUGGAGGAGUUUGAAAAGAAGAUAAAUUCAUGGUGUAAAGAAGCAGGUGAAGGGAUUCAACUAGUGUAUCCAGUAAAAGGGAUGAAUCAAGAUAUAACAUCUAUUAGUCCUGAUGACAAAUGGUGGGCUGCUUUCUCUUCUGCUUGUAAUAAUCAGAAUAUUAAAAUACGAACUGAGAUAAUGCCAGCUAGCACUGAUUCUGAGUUUUUCAGAUGUUGUGGUAUACCAGCUAUUGGGUUCUCACCAAUGAAUCAUACACCAAUCUUACUACAUGAUCAUAAUGAAUAUCUUAAUGAAGACAUAUUCUUACGAGGCAUUGAAAUCUACCAGGAGAUUAUACCCACUCUCGCUAAUGUGCAAUAAUUUGUAUCAUAUCUGUUUUUUUUAAAAAAUAAUGUAUGAAAAUAUAAAUUCCUCAUCACAAUUAAACCCUCAACAUGCCAGAAUUAUGUUUAAAUUUAGACAACAUACACAAUAAUAAAAAAAGACGUAUCUAAAAUCAUUUUGGUCAAAAAUGAUUCAGAUUGAUUAUGUUUAACCGUUUAUAAUGUAUAUUGGUUGAUUUUACACCGCCAUCUUGAUUUGUCUUGGAUAAAUGAAGUAUUAAUCAUU